CAUCGGCUUACAACAAACACUCAAUAUAUGAGUUGGUUUCUUUUGAGUUUUAAUACUCAUUUCGAUUUCCGUGACAGUGAAGUGGUAACUCUUUAGCAAACAAUUAUUGAAGACUCGAUAAACAAAAGCUAGUAAUAAGAUUAACUUCAUUUACAAGAUUGAAUUAUAUAAGAACAACAUGAAAGGUUGUUUUUGAAAUGAAUUGACAUUUUGCGAAUAUUAAAUCAUUGUAGUGUGUUUAUGUUAAGUUAUUGUUUUAAAUAAUUUAAUAAGUAUUCAAAAUGACAACGGAAUCGAAUAAAAUCAUCAGCCGACCCAGAGUGGCAUUAUCACAAUUUUUAGCAUGUCUGGCGCUAAACGUUUUGCUGAUUGGACUCGGAAUGUCGAUCAGUUUCGUCACAAUGGUUCUUCCCGACGUGCUAGAUGCUAAAGAGGGCCUGUCUUUAAAUAAGAAGCAAGCGUCCUGGUUCGGUAGUAUGGCGUUCCUAUGUCAACCUUUGGGAAGUGUAUUCUCGGGCCCGGUGCUGGAUUACUUCGGACGAAAAAAGGCUUUAUUCCUAGUGAACAUACCACAUUUAAUAGCGUGGCUUCUUUUAUACUUUGCAUGGGACGUGCCUUCGCUGUUCUUAGGCAAUGCACUUUUGGGUAUCGGCACAGGGAUCAUGGAGGCCCCGGCUGUUACUUACGUCGGAGAAAUUACUGAUUCGUCGCUACGUGGAACACUAACAACCCUAACUAACACUUUCACAUCGACGGGAAUGUUCAUCGCAUACUUACUAGGAACUGUGGUGUCAUGGCGUCAAGCAGCACUUUUGUCGCUCACCGUACCACUAGCUACAAUGGUGCUCGUCUUAUUUGUUCCUGAAACACCAAUUUGGUUGCUAUCAAAGGGCCGGCAAAAAGAAGCGUUACAAUCCCUAUGCCGACUUCGAGGCUGGGCAAAACCAGCAGACGUGCAAGAGGAGUUUGAUGAACUUUUGCAAUACAAUGAUAAUAUCACCAAAUGCGUCGUAUGCAAUACCGAAGGCAAACCAGAUGUUCUACAAUGUGAACAUGCUAGUUAUAACGUUUUCAAGAAGUUAGCUAUAAAAUUCAAAUAUGUUCUAUUCGUCAAAGAAACAUUGAGACCCUUUAAGCUCGUCAUGGCGUAUUUCUUUUUCCACACUAUGAGCGGUGUGCUACCAGUCAGACCUAACAUGGUGAAUGUCUGUAAAGCGUUCGGAAUGAAAUUCGAUUCAAAAAUUAUUGUGGUCGUUGUUGCUUUAGUUUUCAUUAUUAUGAACUUACUAUCAGUUGUAAUCGUGAAAACGAUUGGGAAAAGGAAAUUAGUCUUAUCUUCGUUAUUCGCAACAGCCUGCUGUAGUCUUGCUUUGAGUGUUUACGCAGGAAGCAAACUGCCCAGCGAAGUAUUUUCUUACGAAGUUAGCACAUUUCCUGAACAGACGGAAAUUCUCCCUAUAAUUUUGUUCAUGAUGCUCGUUAUGUUUACAAGCUUGGGUAUACCUUGGAUAUUACUUUCGGAAAUGUUUCCAUUCAGGAGCCGAGGCAUGGCGACCGGCUUGGCUGCUGCUCUCAGCUACGUUAUUUUCUUUCUAGGUUCAAAAACUAACUACAACCUUGAAGCUAAUUUCCAUAUGAGUGGAACCUUUGCGAUAUAUGCCAUAAUUGGAUUUAUUGGAGCUAUCUUUUUAUAUUUCUUCUUGCCAGAAACUGAACGUAAAACAUUAGUCGAAAUUGAAGCUUUUUAUAAAGGAAACCAAAAAAUAUUUGCAGACGACUUUUUCAUAAACGCCUUUAGAAAAAAUAAAGCUGAGGACAAAUGCGUUAAUAGGCCAAUGCUAGUCAAUUGAGAUUAUUCAUACUGAAUACUGAUCUUGCCAUAUUGAUCUUAUAUGAUGUUGAACCUUGUAAUGUGAAUAAUGUUGUUUUUUUUUAAUUAUGAUUUGAUAUAUUUUUAGUUAUCCAAGACUGCCUCGUAUACUUGUGAAAUUAUUUUAAUUGAAAAAUGUAUUUAAUUAAUACCGCCUCACUAUCUUGCCGUGAAUAGUUGAAUUUCGACAUUUCAUUGUUGAAUGGAUGUUAGUUAACAUUUUUAAUUUAAUGUUUUAUUUUUAUGUUGAUUACUAGUUUUAUUAUAUAUCCAAUAAGAACAAAAUUUGAUACAUUUAUAACUAAAAUUUGAAACUUUGUAUUAAAAAGGCACAAACAUUUUAUGGCAACUAAAAUAAUAACAAAUUUUAUGUGAACAAUAUAAAUAACUAAAAUUUUUAAAACGCACAAUUUGUUUUAAUCUGUUCAUUUAGAAAUUGAAAAAAAAAAAAAUUAUUAAAAGGAUGCAAUAUCGCUAAAUAUAUAAAUUUUAUCUGGCAAAUAAAUUUAUUUUUAAUCA